AUGGGUGACUACUCGACAGCACUUGAAUUUUACGAAAAAGCACAUACAGUCUACGAAAAAGCUCUGCCUCCGAAUCAUCCCGAUUUGGCUGUAAGUCACUUAAAUUUUGCAGCGUAUUACGAGAAAAUCGGUAAUUAUACCGCGGCUCUAACGGCUGUGAAAAGUGCUCUUCAAAUUCAGCAAAACAAGUUUGAAGAAGGUAAUCCAGCUUUCGCUUCAACAUACAGUUGGUUUGGAAGAGUUUAUCGUAGUAUGAAAGAUUAUUCAAAGUCGCUUGAUUACUUUGAAAAAUGCCUUGCAGUAGAUCAGAAAACGUUACCUGAAAGACAUCUUGAUUUUGGUAUAACGUUCAGUAAUAUUGGUGAUGUUCAUAGUUUGAUGGGUGAUUAUGAAAAGGCAUGUUUCUUCCAUAAAAAAGCAUUAAAUAUUCAAGAAAAUGUUCAAUGUAGUCCUUUAGAAUGUGCAACAACAUAUAUAAAUUUAGGUGAAACAUAUCGUGAAAUUAAAGAUUAUUCAACGGCAUUGACAUAUUAUCAAAGAGGAUUAGAAAUACGUCAAAAGAAACUACCAGAAAGUCAUCCUGAUUUAGCUGUGGUUUUUCAUAACAUGACUAAAUUAUAUAUAUCUACUGGACAAUAUAAUAUGGCAAUGAAAAAUGUUCAACAAGCAAUAGAAAUUGCUCAAGAAAAGUUACCUUCAACUCAUCCUCAUCUUUUGGAAUAUAAAGAAACAUUAGAAAAGAUUCCAAUGAAAAUGUAA